AUUCUCAGCUCUACAGUCUGGAAAAUGCAUAUCUUAAGUCCAUGUUGAAGUAAAGACAGUCAUUCAGCCUGGCUUGCUUUGCAUAUAGAUGUUUUACAACUUUUUCAUCAUAAGGAGAUCUUUCGCUCUGAAGUACUUAACUUCCUUAUCUCUGCAUUAGAUUUUGUUUAAAUGAGAAACUGGGAGAUUGCAUAAAUCUUCGUAGACAGCUUGGCUGCAAGCAGUUAAACUGAAAUUAACUGCUGCCUUCUGGCUGCAGAGCACUAGUCUGACGUUCCUGUGUGAUACUCUGCAGACUAAAUCAUGCCAGCGUUAUCAGCUGGAUCUGGAAGUGACACAGGUCUGUAUGAGCUGCUGGCUGCAUUGCCAGCCCAGCUGCAGCCACAUGUGGACAGCCAGGAAGACCUGACCUUCCUCUGGGAUAUGUUUGGUGAAAAAAGCCUUCAUUCACUGGUGAAGAUUCAUGAAAAACUGCAUUAUUAUGAAAAACAGAACCCUGUGCCCAUACUCCACGGUGCAGCAGCCUUGGCAGAUGAUCUGGCUGAGGAGCUGCAGAGCAAGCCACUGAACAGUGAGAUCAGAGAGCUGCUGAAGCUACUGGCAAAGCCCAAUCUCAAGGCUUUGCUUUCUGUGCAUGACACUGUUGCUCAGAAGAACUAUGAUCCUGUAUUGCCCCCCAUGCCUGACGAUAUUGAUGAGGAAGAAGAUUCGGUUAAAAUAAUCAGACUUGUCAAAAACAGGGAACCGUUGGGAGCUACUAUUAAAAGGGAUGAACAUACUGGUGCAAUUGUGGUGGCCAGGAUAAUGCGUGGAGGAGCUGCAGAUAGAAGUGGUCUUAUUCACGUUGGUGAUGAACUCAGGGAAGUCAAUGGGAUUCCUGUAGAUGAUAAAAAACCUGAAGAAAUAAUACACAUUUUGGCUCAGUCUCAAGGAGCAAUUACAUUUAAAAUUAUACCUAGUGUGAAGGAAGAAACACCAGCGAAGGAAGGCAAGAUGUUUAUAAGAGCCCUAUUUGACUAUGAUCCUAAUGAGGAUAAAGCAAUUCCUUGUAAAGAAGCUGGACUUGCUUUCAGAAAAGGAGAUAUCCUUCAGAUCAUGAGCCAGGAUGAUGCAACCUGGUGGCAGGCCAAACACGAAGGCGAUGCCAAUCCCAGAGCAGGCUUGAUCCCUUCAAAGCAUUUCCAGGAGAGGAGAUUUGCACUAAGAAGACCAGAAGUGCAGAUCCAGCCACUGAAAAUUUCCAACAGAAAAUCAUAUGAGGAAGCGGUUGAGUGUGAGGAAAUUGAAGAAGAUGCUGAAUGUGCUGGUCACAACAGUGGAUCCAAUCUAGCUGGUUUUAGAAGAAGCUUUCGUCUUAGCAGAAAAGAUAAAAAAACAAACAAAUCUAUGUAUGAGUGCAAGAAGAGUGAUCAGUAUGAUACAGCAGAUAUCCCAACAUAUGAAGAAGUUGCAAAAUAUAGACGACAACCUAAUGAAAAGUACAGGCUUGUAGUUUUGGUUGGUCCUGUAGGGGUUGGACUGAACGAGCUUAAACGGAAAUUACUGAUCAGUGACACCCAGCAUUAUGGGGUAACAGUGCCACACACUACCCGAGCAAGAAGAGGCCAAGAAAGUGAUGGUGUUGAAUACGUUUUCAUUUCCAAGCACUUGUUUGAGACAGAUGUACAGAACAACAAGUUUAUUGAGUAUGGCGAAUACAAGAACAACUACUAUGGUACAAGUUUAGACUCUGUUCGAUCAGUUCUAGCUAAAAACAAAGUUUGUUUGUUGGAUGUGCAGCCUCAUACAGUGAAACACUUACGGACAUAUGAAUUUAAACCUUUUGUUAUAUUUAUAAAGCCUCCAUCACUUGACCGUUUGAGAGAGACCAGAAAAAAUGCAAAGAUUAUUUCAAGCAAAGAUGACAGGGGAACUGCAAAACCCUUUACAGAAGAAGAUUUUCAAGAAAUGAUUAAGUCUGCUCAGGUGAUGGAAAGCCAGUAUGGCCAUCUUUUUGAUAAGGUGAUAGUCAACGAUGACCUUGCUACAGCUUACAGUGAGCUCAAAACAACUUUUGACAGAUUGGAGACUGAGACCUUCUGGGUUCCUGUCAGCUGGCUGCAUUCGUAACGUUUAAAUGUGCAAAACAUCUGCUGAUGUCUCAGAAUCCACGUAUGGUGCAUUUUUAGGCAUUACUUAAUGGCCGUUUUCUUGGUAGGAAGGCUUUAUAACUCUAACUGAAGAACAGGUACGGUCUUCCUUGUGCUUGAAACAUUGGUCUUGUUUUUCUGUCUUCGAUCCUUCUGUUCAGAAUUUUGGGACAGUACAGUCAGAUUUAACCCAGGUCUUACUACGCUCAAUAAAGUGAGCUAAUACUAGUGUAACACAACUGCCAAACACCUCUUUGUCAUUCGUAAGUCUAUCUCCAAGGUAAGUUUUUUUAAUGGAGAGUUAGCAGAAGAUACUAAGUAAUACUGGAGAUCAGCACUUGUGGUGGUUUUAAACAUAACUACUCUCAUAAAAAGCACAUCAGCACUUGGAAAUUUUCCUUUAAGUGCUUGAGAGAACUGAAACAGGCAAAUGACCAACAUUUUUAUGAGGCAGACAUCAUCUUUUAAUUAAACUAAGUAUCAAUAUAAGUCUUUUUACUUUUUUAGAUGUGAACCUUGUCUUACAUGUACAGAGCGAUUUUAGUAUUCCUUUGCACUUACAUAGUCGUGAAAAGCAAGAUGUAUUCAGUGGCUUAAUUGUGAAAUACUCUGCUGUGAGCAUGCAUGGAUUGAAAAUAUUUUCACGCAUGCUUUUUGGCACAAUAAAAAAACUCAUGGGAAUAUUUAUUUAAAUAGGGUAAAGUUACUAUGUAUAUAACUUCAAAAUCUUUCUUUGGGAUUAAUCUUCUGUAACAUCAGUGGUAUAUUAGUAUGAAUAGCAAAAAGUGGAGAAUAAUCUUUUUUUCUUUAAAUUGAUUUCAAACAUUUUUAGCACCCUUUAGAAUAGUUUUCCCAUCAGAAACUUUCAAAUAAUUAUUGAGGAAACCUUUGAGAUCUGGGAAGCGGUUGCAAUAAAUUAACUCUUUCCAUUGCUUAGAAUGUAGUGAUACUUCUUUAAUAGUGUAACAGGCAUUUUGUCUCCAUUUGAAAAAAAUAAAAAAAGCUGUAAACCUCAGUAUAAAAAAUAUCCUUGACACUAGUCAGACACAGUUAGAAACCUCAUAUUAAAUUUGAUGUGGCAAUGUAAGCAAAUGUGUAAUAGAUUAUAGUAUAGAUAAUCUGGUAAUUUUCUUUAUUUACUACUGAUAUGCAGGAAAUGAGUACAUCUCUAAAGACCAAGUAACACCUGUGUGUUAAUUGUGUUGUGAAUAUGUCUUGUAAGUACAGAAUGUGUAUAUGAACUUGCUAACUUCAGAUCAUCACAUCUGUGGCAUUCAAACAGGAAACGGAGUUAUUUCAUGUUAAUCUGUAAAGAGCGUAGAGCUGUCUUGUUUAAAGAAAAAAGAAUUUAGUGAAACUUUAUAUAUUUAUGAAAGGGUUGAAAAGGGAUGUUAAGUUUUCAAAUUUCUUGUCAAUGUGAUCAUUUAUUGAACAAAUUACUAGGUCCCUGUAAUUUGAAACGCCGUCUUUGUAAAUUGAGCUCAGCAUUCCAUGUAAAUACUCUGUUUCACUUUUUAUGCUGAUAUAAAGCCAUCAGAUUUUGCAGUUUUAUUCUAAAUGCGAAUUUAGGCAUAUUUAAUGUGUAGGUCAUUGCAUUUGGCUUAAAGUUGUAUAAAACUAAUGAAAUGUAAGCAACAACAGUGAAAUGCCUAGGAGUCUGGAAAUGUUUAUGCGAGAGUUACACAUGCACUGAAUCUCAGUGCGGAUACAUGCUCUGUUUGAACAGCUAUAAUGUAACUUUUGUCAAAUUUCACCAUUUUUCUGGUGGACUUAAACUUCUUUGUUACUUAAAUAGAAAUUUGCUGAUUAAAUUAAUUGCAUGCAGGUUGCAAUGUGAAUUGAGAAAGAUGUUUUCUAUUUUUUUUAUUGCUGAAAAGCAAACUAUUUUUCAGGGGAUCUGGUAUUCAACAUGUCUGUUUGCCUUUGCCUGCAAGGUGCUGAGUGCACUAACAGGAACUGUGAGGGCACUGCGCAACUCUCAGGAUCUGGCCAUUUUUGACAAGAGGAGCUUUAGUUUUUAAUGAAACACUCUACUAGCACUGCUUCUAACCUG